AGGCCACUCGCGGUUGGCGAUGGCCGUCGGCGGCUGUGUUCUACGUCUGUGAGCUCCGGAACAGGUGGGAUUGUGAACAGUCUGUGCCCGUGAAACCCUGUGAUUACGUCUCCUGCGACGGCGGUCGCUGAGACCUGCGCGUGGGAUAUCUUGUUGACAGAUCCUUCAGCAGGCGACGCUUGCCGCGUCGACGGAUACUGGAAGGAUCGGCGAAGGGGGCGGUCCCUCCAGAAUGAUGAACGAGCCGGAGCACUAGUUGAAGCGCUGCUGGGAAAAUUGCCGAGUGUUUUGAUAACCGCGUGGAGGCACGUGAACCGGUGCUCCUGGUGAGUCGACGAGUCUCCGUGUGGGCUGUCGGCGAGGAGGCCCCGGCGGUGUAGCGGGCGGCGGCGGCGACGACGAAGUGGCGGCAGCGCCUUGCAGGAGGACUCCGCAACGGGUCCUAACCACCGACCUCCAUGCGAGGAUGAAACUGUGCAAGACGUGCUGAGAAGAGCAUCUGACAAGCUGGCUCGGAUAGCAGUUCAGCGCCAAUGUUGAGACACGGGCCUUUCAGCACCGCCUGCUUCAACUGCUUCACGUUGCGUCAGACCUGUUGUCGCCACCGCGAAGCCGCACCUCGCACGGCAAUGGCCAGGCUCGCGUUAUGACCAACCUACGUAGCUUUCGUUCACCUCAGUUGCUUUAGUUUCUUUUCUUUCGCUUUCUUUCUUUACAACGUCGCUCUUUCUUUCUUCCUCUCUACAAGGAGGGCCUAAAAAAAGGUUAACGGGAACAAAGCGUUUUUUGUUAGCCUAAUUUCCCCGCUUUCAUCUUUUUUCCGAAGUCGCGCUCUGCCUUCGUUUCCCGUCUGCUGAGCCGCGCUACGGGUCUCGUCGAAGAUGUGGUUCGUCCGGAGGUGCUAUGGACGGGUGCCGUCGUCGUCAUCAUCGCCGUGCGAGUCGCUCGACGAUGCUCCUUAGGACGUUCUCCUCCUCAAGAUCGAAAACGGGACAAAGGAACAAGACGACGCGGCAAUCCGUUCACGAGUGACCCCGACGCUAAUCCGGGCGCGCGUGUACUCUGCUGCACGGCUUCGACGCCGCGCCGGUUCCGUUCUUUGUUCACCCGAGGCGCAGGGACGUCGUCCCUGGAGUUGCGGCGUCGGUGGCGUGAGGCAUCCGCUUACAUCCGCCGUGCCGGCAGGGAAACUCACUGCCCCCGGCCGGUCCCGUACUUCGUGCGUGUGUGUUACGCGCGCGCUGGCCGUGCCAUAUCUUUUGUGCGUGUGUGCGUGCGUUUUGUGUGCGUGAGAGACCGCGAAGCACCCUUCUGCCGGCGCCAUGCUUCGAGUGCGCGUCCUCCGGCUGCACACGUGCAAGGUGGUGCUGGUGACGUCGCUGGUGUGGUUCUGCGUGGCCGCGCUGCUGCUCAUGUACUACACCGAGUGCAUAGGCUCCGGCUGCCUGGCCAAGUCGAGCUCGACGGCUGAGCGGCUGCCGUCCGCCAGGUCGCUGCAGGCGCCCCGCGGCGAGUUCCGCAGCUGGAUGCCCGUCGCGCUUGUCGAGAACCCAUCAGAUUGGCCUGGGGAACGUGGCCGUGGUGUUGAGAUUGGCCCUGAAGAAGAGGCACUCAAGAAAGAGAAGUUCAAGCUCAACCAGUUUAACCUCCUGGCCAGUGACCGUAUUGCCCUCAACCGGUCCCUGCCCGACGUGAGACUAGAGAAAUGCAAAGAUAAGGUGUACCCCGAGAAGCUGCCCACGACAUCUGUGGUUAUUGUGUUCCACAACGAGGCUUGGUCCACCCUGCUGCGAACGGUGCACAGCGUCAUAAGGACAUCUCCGCGAGCACUGCUUGAAGAGAUCAUCCUUGUGGAUGAUGCCAGCGAAAGAGAACAUCUGGGAAGGAAGCUUGAAGACUAUGUUGUCAAGCUUGAAGUGCCUGUUAAGGUCAUGCGAACAGGAAAACGUUCGGGCCUCAUUCGUGCCAGGCUCCUGGGAGCGGCUGCGGUUAAAGGCCAAGUCAUCACAUUCCUGGAUGCCCACUGCGAGUGCACGCAUCACUGGCUGGAACCACUGCUGGCACGCAUUGCCGAGGACAGGACUAGAGUGGUGUGCCCUGUGAUCGACGUGAUAAGUGAUGAGACAUUUGAGUACAUUUCCGCUUCGGACAUGACCUGGGGCGGCUUCAACUGGAAGCUCAACUUCCGCUGGUACCGGGUGCCACAGCGAGAGGUUGAUCGCAGAGGUGGAGACCGCACGCUACCCAUCAGGACACCUACUAUGGCAGGGGGCCUGUUUUCAAUCGACAAGGACUACUUCAACGAGCUGGGAAAGUAUGACGAAGGCAUGGACAUCUGGGGAGGCGAAAACCUCGAGCUCUCAUUCAGGAUCUGGAUGUGCGGUGGAGAGCUGGAAAUAGUGCCAUGCUCGCACGUGGGCCAUGUGUUCAGAAAGUCAACACCAUACUCAUUUCCUGGUGGAACUAGUCGUAUUGUCAACCACAACAAUGCACGUCUGGCCGAAGUGUGGCUCGACGAGUGGAAAGACUUUUACUUUGCUAUCAACCCAGCGGCCAAAAAUGUUGACAAAGGGGAUCUUUCAUACCGAAAACAACUUCGUACCAAGCUUAAAUGCAAUACUUUUAGGUGGUACUUGGAGAAUAUUUAUCCUGAAUCACACAUGCCCCUUGAUUACUAUCAUCUUGGUGAGAUCAAGCACGCCGAGACCUCAGACUGCCUGGACACUUUUGGGCGCAAGAGCGGCGAGAAUUUGGCCGUGAGCAAGUGCCAUGGCAUGGGCGGCAACCAGGUGUUUGCCUACACCAAGCGGCAGCAGAUCAUGUCUGACGACAACUGCCUGGACGCCUCUUCUCCCCGAGGUCCUGUCAAGCUCCUGCGUUGCCACGGCAUGGGCGGCAACCAGCUCUGGAUCUACAAUAAGGAGGAGCAGUCGUUCAAGCACGUCAACACGGCACGCUGCCUUGACCAGCCAGAGUCCAAGGAUCCCUCUCUCCCCGUGCUGAGGGAGUGCGAUGGCCGGGCUUCACAGCGGUGGGUCAUGCAGGGGAAGUUCAAGUGGCAGGCCUCCUAGGUGUCAAGCAGUAGGACUUUCUCCCCCGACAUGGCCAGCCGCGAGCAGCAUUCACACAGUACACAAGCAAACUUGCAAGCAAGCAGCCCUUCUCUACGACGGCAAGAGACCACAGAGGGAGCCACACACAGCAACUGCAGGACACAGCUGCUGCCGCUGGCACCGUUUUGCAGACUGGUGCACACGUGCCUUUGCUGAUUUUGCACAAGAAGUGGCUGCCGAACGUGCGUGCUGUGUCUGCUUGCUGUUGUGUGAGCUGCAAUUACAGGCUUGCAUCUGGGAAGCAGUUGCAACAAGAAGAAAAAAAAAAAAAGACUGUGAGGACGCAAUGUGGAGAGCCUAGAAGUCUAGCUUGUGUGUCAAGCCUUUCCGUAGCAUACUUUUCUGCGUUCGCUCUGGGAGCACAAUAAGAACUGCUGUUGUGCUGUACUUUGUGGACGGGGUUGUUCCAGAGUGUAAAUUAUUGCUGCGCGGCCCUCUCGUUCACUUCGCUGCGACCGGUCGCACACCGCUAUUGUCACCCAUGCAAAUAACGACGUGCUUAGAUGUGGCCCAAACUGCAAUUUCUUUUCUUUUUUUCUAUUGUGUGUAUUGUCAGUUACAUGCAGAGCUGCAACUUUUCCAAGUGCAUCCAAAUGUUCUAUAAAUGUCCUGCAAGAGUUCAGGCACGUGAAUUCCAGCUUGGGUCGUGUCACCUUGUGGAACAGGUGAAGGAACGAAGCUGUAAAACCAGUGCGAUGAGGGCAUGCUCUCGCUGCAAGGCUCUGUGCCGCAACAGCUUCCAUCAGUUCCACUUGGGUUGUGAUGCAACUCUUUCAGCAGAGACUGCCACUUUUUCUCGGGACUGGUAGCGAUUGUGUGAUUUGUGGUGUGCCUGCCGUUCGCCACAUUCCUUGAGAGACAGCUGUGUGGAACCCCGGAACAGGGAGCGCGGUGUGCGUUUCACUCAGCAGUGUUCCUAUUUCUUCCAUCUUCCUGUGCUGUUCAAUCACUUUUCGUCAUUCCCUCUUAGUCCAAGCGAGUUUGCUGUAUGCCAAAUGCAUUACAGCAACAGCAGCUCUGGAAUGCAAAUGGGCCAAGUUGAUUUUACCUAUGUGGUUGGGGUUGUGUGUGUCUUUACCUUCUUUGUGUUCCCCUGGGAACUGGCUUGAAUGGGAAUGACAUGGUGGUUGCACACCUUCCCAUGAACCGGUGAUAUUCACUCCGAAUGUGAACGAAACGAGGUUGCAACCAAACAUUGUUAGAGAUCAUCAGUGCUGUGCCGCUGUCAUGGUCAAGUUGCAUGUGUUACAAUGUAUUGUUACGACAAAUCAUGUCAUUGUUUUUUUUUAUUAUUAUUAUCCUUAUUUUUUUCCCCUCAUCAUUGUAGGCUCAAGGGCAGUUUCCUGUUAUCAAGUGCUAAUUUGUUGUUGGAGCUUUUUGUAUGUAAACGGUUGGAAAAUAUCAAGACUUCAUUUUAUUGUCUUCCAUGAUCAGACUGAGGCUUCACCUAAAGCCUCUGCCACCUGCUACUCUAUAUGUCCCUCUUCACAGAGGCAAAAUUAUUAUCUUCUUUGACUGGGUGAAUUGGACAUAGAAGCUUUAGUUCAGAAGUGCUGCAAUAUUUGUGAAAGGGGAGUGUGUCAUGACAGCUCAGUUCCUAAAAGUAAAAUUUCAGCAGUAUGUUUUCACCAGCA